UUUUCCUACUAAAAACAAAAAUUCAACUUUUUUAUAUAGUUAUUGUACACUUUUCAUAUCUCCAAAAUUUAGUAUUUAUAAUUUUUUUUGGUGACUAUAAAAUCAAGACGAUAUAAAUCUUAGUAAUUUGUUUGACAAAUAUAUUUUUUCCAUCCCGAAAUGCUAAUCUUUUUACUUUCUAGUGGGCAAUAUAUACGAGAUUAUCUCAAAAUUGUAACAAAAAAUAAUAAUGUUGGAAUUAACUCAAAAUAAAUAUGAAGAAAAUAAAAUAAGAAUUGGGCUUAGCUCAGCUUUUCUUCUUUGUUUCAACUUUCAAGUCUCUGUUUUUGACUCUUUUACUCUCUCUCACGAGUCACGCCACCGCUUUAUCGAAAAAAGGCGUCUGCUUUUACGUUUUCUACUUCACAGCAAUGGCGGAUUGGGCUCCAGUUCUCGUCGGAGUUGUAUUAUUCGUUAUCCUUUCUCCGGGACUUCUUUUCUCGUUGCCCGGACAUCACCAUACUCUCCAAUUCGGCGGCAUGAAAACCAACGGCAAAGCCAUCGCCGUUCACACACUCAUCUUCUUCGCUGCUUACACCAUCUUGAUCCUCGCUGUCAAUCUCCACAUCACUACCGGCUAAUUUAUGGGCCGAAAUAAAGGUAACCCUUUUGCUGAAUCUGAGCUCUCUCCCUCUCAGGAAUCUUCUGAGAUCUGGAACUCUGUUUUUAGGGAUUUGUAUACUUUACUCUGUUCUCUAGUUUGUGUUGUGCAUUGAGUUAAUACUGAAAAAUGUAAUAAUCAUUAAGCUUGUAUUGAUGUCAUUAAGUUAUAAUGCAAAAUUUGAUGUUUGAUUCCAUCUUUGCUAUUGAAUUGUGAAAUACAAAAUCACAUAUUUUUAGUUGUCUAUACAAUAUUUACCUUGAAACCAUAUCAGCAAAGAAGCAGAGAUUAGUGAAAAAUGUGGGAACAAACCAAAUUUGUAACUAAAUGAAGAUGCUUUAUGUUACGUUAUUACAUGCUGAAGCUACGAGAGAUCAGAGGAUAUUGUUAUCUCAUUUGAAUUGUGGAAAACAAAAUUACCGAUUAUUUAUUUGUGUACAACCUUUUUAAAUCACCCUGCUUGAGACCCUAUGAGCCAAGAAUCAGAGAUUAGGAAUAAAAAGAAAAGAAAAAAUAGAUGAAGGCGAAGUUGAGUCCAAAGAAGCUGUCUUUGUUACACUACAUGAUCAGAAAUGGAUGUGAAUUUGUAUGGCAAUGAUCAAGAUAGUGAGUAUACAGAAGUAAAUAAUGGCGUGGACCAAAAUCGAAAUCCCGCUUGUGCUCAUGUUCCCGAAUUCCAUCACUCUUGUCCUUGCCGGUAGCUGAAAUAGCAAUCCUGGUGAGAGUAGGAUGAACAGAGCCACUGCUACAAUCACAGGUCCCCAGUCUGCACUCAUAUCUCAACAAAAUCUGUUUUUUGAAAUGAGUUUUUGUAUAACAGGUUCUUGUGUUUUGGUGGCAGGUGAAAAUGGAAGAUGAAACUGAGAAUGGAGAAGCUUGCUAGUGUUUUAUGUAGAGUUAUGGGUUUCUUGGUGGCUAAGGAGAGGAAUUGGUUUAGAUGCUAAGCUUUGUGAAGACUACAAAAGAAAGGUUCUGUAGUAGUAGUAGUAGUUUCUUGACUUUAAAC